AUGGCUGCAGUGAUAUUCGCCCUAAAGAUCUGGCGCCACUACUUGUAUUGUGAACGAUGUUGUUUAUAUACAUAUCAUAAGAGUCUGAAAUACCUGAUGACCCAAAAGGAGUUGAAUUUAAGGCAAAGGAAGUGGAUAGAAUUUUUGAAAGAUUAUGAUAUUGUGAUAGAUUUUCAUCCUGGAAAAGCAAAUGUGGUAGCGGAUGCUUUAAGCCAAAAGACGUUUGCAGCCUUACGAGCCUUGGAUGCUAGGUUGUCAUUGAAUGAUGAUGGUGCUUUAUGUGCGGAAUUAACCCUUCGGCCAUCAUGGAUAGAUAGAAUCAAAGAAUUGCAAGCUAGAGACGAAGAGUGUUCAAAGAGGUUACAGCAUGUAAAGAAUGGAGAGCUUAUUGAUUAUGAGAUUAAGACUGAUGGGAAUUUAUACUAUCGAGGGAUACUAGUAAUUCCAUAUAAUAAGGAGUUGAUAAAUGAGUUGUUAACAGAAGAUCAUUGUAGUCCAUUGGCGAUGCAUCCUAGAGGAAACAAAAUGAUUCAAGUGUAA